AUGUCGCAAUCGUAUCACCGCCCAAGACCGGCUGGAAUGGCCGGAGCCAUUCUCGAUAAGCAGGCGAACAAAUUCAACGAAGUCGAGGCCGGAUACCUGCUCGAAUGGAUUCGUGUAAGAUUUUUGCCGUUUCUUUUAUUUAUUAUGGGGCUAUUCAGCGUAUGUUGUUUGUUUUCCGUUUUUUGUUCGUUUUUUUACAUCGCUGAAUUGGAUUUUUUGACGUAAAAAAACGAAAAAAAACGGAAAACAAUCAUUUUUUUCACCCCAUUAGCAAUUUAUUAGCGCCCACUCAGCAAACAACCGAUUUUUAAAAUAUUUUGAACAAAAAAUUAAGUCCUAGCGUGUGAAUCGAUUCAAAAUAAUCUUUAUUCGUAUAGUUAAAAGGCGCUAGCUUUAAAAUUUUCGAAAAGAGAAAUUCAAGAAAGCUGUCGACAAAAAAGGUAAAAAACAGCAUAACAGCUGACAGCAUUUUUUUUUAGUUUUUGCAAUUAUUUUGAUUCAGUGAUGUAUUAAAAAAAAAAACGUAAAACGUUCGCAGAAUAACCCCAUCGCCGUAAAUUAGCGAAACAUCCAGCGCAUGUUUGUUUUCCGUUUUUUUCGUUUUUUUACACCGCUGAAUUGAGUUUUUUGACGUAAAAAAACGAAACAAACGGAAAAAAAUCAUUUUUUCACAGCCUGAAUAACCCCAUAACACUAAUUUUGUUGCAGGAUCUGACAAAAGAGGAGUUCGAUUGCGAGCCGUCGCGCGACAACUUUCGCGAGCAGCUCAAAGACGGUUCAAGACUUUGCAAGUGAGUUUCGGGCGCGCAAAUGUCAACACAAAUCUCGUGUUUGGCGAUAUAUCCGAAGAGUGAACGGACGAAAAAAGACACGCGUCGCUUUUAGCCCCCGAAUGAUCAAAUGGCGCCAUAGUUCGCGAGCGCUUUGUGUUGCGGUUUUCAAAACACGAAUUAAGUGUGUAAUUCUACGCAAAGUCAUACAUUUUUGAAUGUUCUGAGACUAAGCCAACUCGCAAGUUAUUGUCGAGAAUACGAGCAUCGAAUUUGAAAUGUUGGAACAUUCUAGCCAGAAAAAAAACGUUCGAUUAUUCCAAUUAUGCUCCAAAAAAAAAAAAUGCAACGGGGGGAGCUCUUGACAAAUUUUAGCGUCUUCAGUGUUGAAAGAUAACAAUUAAGAACUCCAAGAACUCUUAUUCUUCAGACUCGUGAACGCGAUCAAAGAGGGAAGCGUGAAGAAGAUCAUGAAGCCAAUCUCGAACUUCAACUGCCUUGAAAACAUCAACCAAUUCACGAGCGCGGCGCGAAAACUGGGAGUCAAGGAUGAGGAGACGUUCCAAUCGGUCGACCUCUUCGACGGACGCGACCUUUUCUCGGUGACUGUCACCCUGCAAAGUCUCGCCAGAAAGGUCGAGAAGCUCGGAGUGGCGCCGCCGAAGCAAGUGUCCAAGGACCAAAUUGUGAACAUGUGA